UAGUAGGAGGAGAGAGAAAUAGAGAAGGAAAAAAAAAACCCUCAAAUUCUUGUGAGUUAUCAGCCGAGUCGCCGGGGGUCCGAAUCCGAGAGAGAGAGAGAGAGAGAGAUGGAGGGAGUUGGGGCCCGAUUCGGGCGGUCCUCGACUCGAUACGGACCAUCAUCGACGGUGACCGUUGCGUUCAACGGUCCGGUUCGAAAAUGGAAGAAAAAAUGGGUACCCGAAUCACCAUCUCCAAACACCAACAACAUUCCCUCCUCUUCGAACCAUCACAACGAUGAUAGUACCGUUACUAACGGUAAUAACGGCUCUCACCGCCUCUUGCUCUACAAGUGGACACCAAUUUCCCGAACCAAAACCACCGCCAAUGAUGACGUCACCGCCGCCGCUGCAUUGGCGGCGGCGGAGGAGCCGCCUCGCCGCAAAUUCAAAUACAUUCCGAUUGCUGUGCUAGAAAAUGAGGCUGCAGAAAAGGUUGAUGUUGAAGCACAUGCAGCAGAAGCAAUUUCGAAGAACGAUGGUUUGGAUGAUAAACCUGACAUUAAUGAUUUGCCCAUGGACGAAAGUCAGGCCCCGGGUAAUAUUCCAUUAGCAAGGCAAGAUCUGAACGAAAGCACUUUGGAUCUUAGUUUGGGCUUCAAGGACCACGAUGGCCACCCUGAUUUUGAUGUGAAAGCAGACCGAAGUAAAGAUGGCCAGUUGGAAAAGGUGAACACCAGUAGUGGGGGAAGAUGAUAUGGGAUAUGCCAAUUUGAGAAAAUUUCAACUUCAAAGGCAACGCUAGAAGAAGUGGCCUAUCGAUCUGUGCCUGUUUUAGAAUUGCAGUUCUUUGUUCUAGCUUCGGUUGUGAUCUCUUAAGAGGUUCUAGUUUCUGUCAUGUGCUCUUAGAGUGGUGAAUUCAAGCGGCGUAUGCAUGUAAAACUUCAUUCUUCAUUUGAUUCUCCCUUGUGGUGCUGGUUGCAAUUUGUACGGAUUCUGUGUACCGAAUGAGACAAUCAUCAAUGUUUGCCAUCGAAUGUAGUCAAUUUGUUUCUGGAUUUUGCUUC